CCAGAAUGAGAGGCCUGUGGAAUCCCGUGGUGUACUGAUGAUUCGUGAUGAAUUACUUAACAGUACCCACAAGUUCCUGGGUCACAUUGACAGGACCCUCCAGCAGUUGGAAGGUGAGAUUAAGCUGCACAUCCCUGAGCUGGAUCUGGAGCCAGAGGUGGAUGAUCUUGUGAGCAAUCCAGAGAUUGUGGAGAAGCUGGAGCAGUGUGUGAUGAACUGGCAGACUCAAAUCACCAUCGUCAUAGAGGAGCAACUGAAGAAGAAACCACAGGCCCCGGGCCCCAUUUCAGAGAUAGAUUUCUGGCGGGAGCGAACAGCCACCCUGAGUGCUGUAAGUGAGCAGCUCAAACUGCCUGUGGUGAAGAAGGUCGUGGAGGUGAUCACCAGAGCCGAACCCGUCACUGUCCAGAACCUGGACCUGACUGUGACUGAGCUCAGCAAACUCCACGUGGAGUCUGUGGAAAAUGUACGCUUCCUCAGCACGCUGGAACGACACUUCAAGAACCUGGCAACAGGUUUAGACUUCUCUGUGAUCCUGGACACCCUCCCUCUGAUGAUGAAUGGUCUGCGCAUGGUGUGGAUCAUUUCCAGCCACUAUAACAAGGAUGAGCGUAUGGUUCCCCUGAUGGAGCGCAUUGCCUGGGAGCUGUCGGAGCGCGUGGCUCGCGUUGUCAAUGUCCGCAUGCUCUUCAAAGACAAAAGGGAGUUAGCAAAGGCCAAGGCACAGGAUGGAAAGCAGGUACUGGACCAGUGGAAGGCGUGUUACUUUGAUAUGCGGGCCAAGAUUGAGACAUCAGGCAGAGAUCCACGCUGGGAGUUUGACCGUAAGAAGCUGUUUGAGAAGACUGACUACAUGUCCUCCAUCUGCCAGGACCUGUAUGACAUCCUGCAGAUCUUGGAGGAGUUCUACAACAUCUUUGGUCCGGAGCUGAAGGCAGUGACGGGGGAUCCUAAGCAUAUUGACCAUGUGCUGCGUCGUGUUGACAGCCUGGUGGUGCCCAUUGAGGAGCUCAGCUUUGACCCCUUCAACAUCCGCAAGAUUGGCAGCUGGAAAAUGGUCAUGAAGGAAUUCAAGGCUAAGGUUCAGGCUAUUGAAGGAGAGGCCAUUAACUUUAUCAACGAGUCCUUCAAGACGCUGCGCUCUGCAUCAGCAGCGUUUGACAUGCUGCUGAAGUUCAAACACAUCCGCUCCAGAGAGGCCAUUAACAAUCAGAUGAUGCAAAAGUUCAAUGACAUCUUGGCCCAGUAUUGCAAAGAGGUGGACAUAAUCAACGGGACAUUCUUGAAUUGCAAAGAUAACCCUCCUCUGGAUAAGAACCAACCCCCAGUGGCUGGAGCCAUCUACUGGGAGCGCUCUCUCUUUUACCGCAUCAAAGACACCAUAAUCCGCUUUCAGGAAGUCCCAGAUAUGCUGGAGAGUAAACUGGGCAAAGCGGCCAAGGCCAAGUACCUGGAGGUUGGCACUUGCAUGAAGGAAUAUGAUCAGAAGAAGUAUGAGCGCUGGCGCGAGGAGACUGAGCUGAACCUGCCCCUGCUGAUGAAUAGGAAACUGCUUGUCACGGUCAACAGCUCAGGGAUGGUGACCGGUGACCAGGCCCCUCUAGACAUGACUGGUCCAGCAACUGAGCGUGACAUAGAGAGGGAUGUGCGUUACAUGAUAAACUUUGCCCCGGAGCUGAAGGAGAUCGUUUCAGAGACCAAGUAUAUGGAGCAGCUGGGAUAUUCUGUGCCCGAGCUGGCCCGCAAUGUGGCUCUGCAGGAGGACAAAUUCCUCAGAUAUGUGGAUGGGUUGAAGGACCUGGUGAACCGGUACCAUUUGCUGAUGGACUGUCUGAACGAUGCAGAGUUCUUCCUACUGGCCGAGCAGGUCCACGAGCUGAGGAGGGUGAUGCGUCCAGGAUACAAAAGGCUCAACUGGAACGCCCUGGGCAUCUCUGAGUUCAUCAACCGUGGCACACAGGCGUGUUCUAAGUUUGAGUCGCUUGUCAAUCAAAUUCAAAAGAAUGAGAGGGAUAUUGAUGCUAAGCUGCAGUCCAUUGAGACAGCCAACUUGUUCAAAUUUCCAGCCCCAGACAAAUCGAGUGACCUGCCAGGAGUGAAAGAGUUCUGUGAGCUGAUUGGGCGAGAGAGGGCGAAGGACGUGAGUCUGCUGAGUAGGAAGUACACAGCCAUCGGACCACUGCUCACCAAGAUGGAGAGCCUGGUAAUGCACACCAACAGUGGCAGAGCCAAGCGCAUGGGUCAGUACUACACCUACUGGGAACGCAAGGUCUUCGACUCCCUCAUCAAGAUGCUACUCAGGAACAUCCAGACUUUUAACAUGGCCGUGAUGGGCAACACCCCACUUUUCCAAAUUGAAACCAUCUUGUCUGCCCCUGAGAUUGUGCUGCACCCCAAAAACAACGAGGUGCACAAGCUCGUCAUGCAGUGUGUCAGGGACUGUGUGGAGAGCACCAAGCGGUUCGUGCGCUGGAUGCAUGGCACAUGUAUAGAGUGUCCUCCUCAACGCGUGGAUGGAGAGGAUGAGCCGGUGGUGUUGUCUUUCUACAGCGAGGUGUGUCAGCACCAGCAGGUCAACGAGAGGGCCAUGGCCGUCUCCCAGAGCAUCCAGCGCCUCCUCAGCACCGUGGGUCCCUACCUCGGCCGCUGGAAGCGCUACCGGCGCCUAUGGAAGCUGGACAAGGCCAUCGUCAUGGAGAGGUUUGCCGCCAAGAGGCCAUCCUAUGUCAUGUAUGACGAGAAGCUGCAGUUCUACUCCCGGAUCAGCGUAGAGGUGGCACAGCAGCCCCUGCUGAAGGAUGAACACAUCAUGAGGCUGAACCUUGAGCCUCUGGCCCGCACCGUGCAGGAGAACGCCCAAGCCUGGGUCAACUCUCUGGGCAGGCUGCUCAACCAGUCAGCCCGGGAAGAACUGUUCAGCCUGCGUGAUGAGCUACUGCAACUGUCUGAGAACCUGAAGCGGAGUCCAAACACCCUUGAUGACCUGAAGUUUGUCCUGGGCACCAUCUCAGACAUCCGGGACAUGUCUCUCACUGUGGAGAUGAGAUUCACUGACAUCCAGGAGAGAUACAGGACCCUGGCAAUGUACAAAGUAGAGGCCACAGAGGAAGAGAUGCAGUUGUCUGCCAGUAUCAGCCAGCUGUGGAGCGACCUGCUGGCAGAGGCCAGACUGGUGGAUCGCAGCCUUGGCCGGGUGAAGAAGACCUUCACUGAGAUCACUAAGGAGCAGAUUGGGGAGUUUAAGCAGGAGCUGUCCAUCUUUGCGGAGAGCUUCCACAUGCAUGGACCGGGGGCUGUGGGAGACAGCCUGGAGGACGGAGUGACAGUCAUGGAAACCUAUGAGACAGAGCUAGCCAAGAUAGAGUCGAGACGUCAACAGCUGACCAAUGCUGAGAAGCUUUUUGACCUGCCAAUCACCAUGUACACGGAGCUGCAGAAUGUACAGAAGGAGAUGAAUGGCUUGCGACAGAUCUAUGAGAUCUACAAGUCUCAGAAGGCAGCUAAGAUGGAGUGGUCCCAGACGCUGUGGGUAAACCUGAACAUCCAGCUGCUGCAGGAGGGCAUGGUGAGCUUCAUUAAUAGCCUGAGGAAGCUGCCCAAAGACGUGCGUGCCCUGCCUGUGGCCUUCUUCCUGGAGGGACGCAUGAAGGAGUUCAGAGAGUCCCUGCCUCUACUCCUGGACCUGAAAAACGAGGCCCUCAGAGACAGACACUGGAAGGAGCUGAUGGAGAGGACUAACACCAGCUUUGACAUGAAUCCAGACACCUUCACUCUGGAGAACAUGUUUGCCAUGGAGCUGAAUAAGUAUGGCAGUGUGGUCAGUGAGAUUGUCACUUCAGCCGUUAAGGAGCUCAGCAUUGAAAAGGCAAUGAAGGAGUUAGUGGACACCUGGGAGAAUAUGAAGUUCAGUGUGCAGCGCUACUUCAAAGGCACCCAGGAGCGUGGCUCUAUCCUGGGGGCGGUGGAUGAGAUCCUGCAGAACCUGGACGACAACGCCAUGAACCUUCAGAGCAUGGCAGGCAGCCGCUUUGUAGGGCCUUUCCUAUCCACCGUACAGCAGUGGGAGAAAAACCUGUCUCUCAUCAGUGAGGUCAUAGAGGUUUGGAUGCUGGUACAACGCAAGUGGAUGUACCUAGAAAGCAUCUUUAUUGGAGGGGACAUCCGCUCUCAAUUACCUGAAGAGGCCAAGAAGUUUGACAGCAUUGACAAAAUGUUCAAAAAGAUCAUGACCGACACAGUGAAGGAUCCAGGCAUUAAAAGGUGCUGCCUGGUGCCCAACCGGCUGACCGAUCUGCAGAAUCUGAGUGACGGUCUGGAGCGAUGCCAGAAGAGUCUCAACGACUACCUGGACUCCAAACGCAAUGCCUUUCCUCGCUUCUUCUUCAUCUCUGAUGACGAGCUGCUCAGCAUUCUGGGUAGCAGUGACCCGGCCUGUGUCCAAGAACACAUGAUCAAGAUGUAUGACAACAUAGCUUCUCUAAGGUUAGACUUGGGAUGUAACAAGGAGAUGGCAGCUGGGGCUCUGGUUUCUGCGGAGGGGGAGGUGAUGAAUCUGAAUCAGCCGGUACCAGCCGAGGGCCGGGUGGAGGACUGGAUGACUGGAGUACUGCAGGAGAUGAGAAGAACCAACCGACUCAUCACCAAGGAGGCCAUCUUCCGCUACUGCGAAGACCGGAACAGGGUUGACUGGAUGUUGCAGUACCAGGGGAUGGUGGUGCUGGCAGCGAUCCAGGUGUGGUGGACCUGGGAGGUGGAAGAUGUCUUCCAAAGGGUGAAGAAGGGAGAGAAGCAGGCCCUGAAGAAUUACGCCAAGAAGAUGCAUGAGCAGAUAGCUGAGCUGGUGGGGCGGAUCACUCAGCCAAUGAAGAACAAUGAUCGACGCAAGAUCAACACGGCUCUCAUCAUUGACGUCCAUGCCAGGGACAUUGUGGACAACUUUGUCUUAGACAGUAUAAUGGAUGCCCGGGAGUUUGAGUGGGAGAGCCAGCUGAGAUUCUACUGGAUCCGGGAGCCUGAUGAUCUGUUUGUGCAUCAGUGCAGUGCUGCUUUCUCCUACGGUUAUGAAUACAUGGGGCUGAAUGGUCGUCUGGUCAUUACCCCACUGACUGACCGCAUCUACCUCACCCUCACACAGGCUCUGUCCAUGUACCUUGGUGGAGCCCCCGCAGGCCCUGCUGGAACAGGGAAGACAGAGUCCACCAAGGACCUGGCCAAGGCUCUGGGUCUGCUGUGUGUGGUCACUAACUGUGGAGAGGGCAUGGACUACCAGGCUGUGGGGAAGAUCUUCUCUGGCCUGGCCCAGUGUGGGGCCUGGGGCUGCUUUGAUGAAUUCAACCGCAUCGAUGCGUCUGUGCUGUCCGUCAUCUCUUCCCAGAUACAGACCAUCCGCAACGCUCUCAUCCUACACCUCAAGAGGUUUCAUUUUGAGGGCCAGGAGAUCAGCUUGGAUGGCCGCAUGGGGAUCUUCAUCACUAUGAACCCAGGCUACGCUGGACGAACAGAGCUGCCUGAGUCAGUCAAAGCCCUGUUCAGACCUGUGGUGGUUAUUGUGCCUGAUCUGCAGCAGAUCUGUGAGAUCAUGCUUUUCUCAGAGGGAUUUCUCUUAGCCAAGAUUUUGGCCAAGAAGAUGACGGUACUGUACAAGCUUGCCAAGGAGCAGCUGUCCAAGCAAUUCCACUAUGACUUCGGCCUGCGGGCUCUGAAAUCUGUCUUAGUGAUGGCAGGAGAACUCAAGAGAGGCUCACCAAACCUCAGUGAGGAUGUGGUGUUGAUGCGUGCUCUGCGUGACAUGAACCUUCCUAAGUUUGUGUUUGAGGAUGUGCCUCUGUUUCUCGGGCUCAUCUCAGAUCUGUUCCCUGGGUUGGACUGCCCCCGUGUGCGCUACCCCAACUUCAACGAUGCUGUCGAGGAGACCCUAGUGGAGAACAAAUAUCAAAUUUUGCCCAACCAGGUGGACAAGGUGGUGCAGAUGUAUGAGACCAUGAUGACCAGACACACCACUAUGGUGGUAGGCCCUACAGGUGGAGGCAAGUCAGUGGUCAUCAGCACCCUGGGCCAGGCUCAGACCAGGUUAGGCCUGGUGACCAAGUUGUAUUCCCUGAACCCUAAAGCAAUGAGUGUCAUCGAGCUUUACGGCGUUCUGGACCCCGUUACCAGAGACUGGACGGAUGGGAUCCUGUCCAACAUCUUCCGAGACAUCAACAAACCAACUGACAAAAAGGAGAGGAGGUACAUACUGUUUGAUGGGGAUGUGGAUGCCCUGUGGGUGGAGAAUAUGAACUCAGUAAUGGAUGAUAAUAAGCUGCUCACGCUGGCCAAUGGAGAGAGGAUCCGUCUGCAGAACCACUGUGCUUUGCUCUUUGAGGUUGGUGAUCUGCAGUAUGCCUCCCCCGCUACAGUCUCUCGCUGUGGGAUGGUGUUUGUGGAUCCCAAAAAUCUUCGCUAUACCCCUUACUGGCAGAAAUGGGUCAGCAGCAGACCUCCAAAGGAACAGCCACACCUGAGCAAGCUGUUUGCGAAGUAUGUGCCCAGCGCCAUUGACAUGAUAGUGGAGGGUAUUGUGGAUGGCAAACAGUUGGAAAAACUGAAGACCAUCGUCCCUCAGACAGAUCUCAACAUGGUGACACAGUUGUCCAUGAUGCUGGAUGCCUUGCUGGAGACAGAGGGCUAUGAUGCUGAUGUUCUGGAGUGUUUCUUCCUGGAGGCUCUGUAUUGCUCUCUGGGGGCCUCCCUGCUGGACAAGGGACGGGCCAAAUUUGAUGACUUCAUCAAGAAAUUGUCUGGCUUGACCACUGUUCAUGAUGAGAAAACUCUGGCAGGACCUGGGGAGAUUCCAGUUUACAUGCCAACUCUGUACGAUUUCCAUUUUGAUGAGACCAAGAAAAAGUGGGAUACCUGGAGCUCCCUGGUAACUAGAUAUGUCCACAACCCUGACGUGAAGUUCAUCGAUAUCCUAGUCCCUACCGUGGACACAACGAGAGCCAGCUGGCUACUGGAGCAGAUGGUGAAGAUCAAGAGGCCUGUAAUUCUGGUGGGAGAGUCUGGCACUUCCAAGACAGCCACUACUCAGAACUUCCUGAAGAACCUCAACAUGGACACUACAAUGAUGUUGACCAUCAACUUCUCUUCACGUACCACCUCCAUGGACCUCCAGAGGAACCUUGAGGCCAGUGUGGAAAAGAGGACCAAGGAGACCUAUGGACCUCCCAUGGGCAAGAGACUGCUAGUCUUUAUGGAUGACCUCAAUAUGCCCCGGGUGGAUGAGUAUGGAACCCAGCAGCCCAUUGCCCUGCUGAAGCUUCUGUUGGACCGAGGAGGAAUGUACGACAGAGGAAAGGAGCUCAACUACAAAGUGUUGAAGGACCUGGGCUUCAUUGCAGCCAUGGGUAAGGCAGGGGGUGGGAGGAAUGAAGUGGACCCCCGCUUCAUCUCCCUCUUCACCGUGUUCAGCAUCCCCUUCCCUGAGGACGAGUCCCUCCAUCUCAUUUACUCCUCCAUCCUCAAGGGACACACCAGGCCAUUUGAAGAGUGCAUCCAGAACAUGUGCGACAAGCUGACCUUCUGCACCCUGGAGCUGUACAAGAACAUCAUCAAAGACCUGCCGCCCACGCCCUCCAAGUUCCACUACAUCUUUAACCUCAGGGACCUGUCACGGGUCUACAGUGGCCUGGUCCUCACCAACGCUGAGAGGUUUCUGACAGUCGCUCAGUUUGUGCGCGUGUGGAGGAACGAGUGCCUGAGGGUGUUUCAUGACCGGCUCAUCAAUGAGAUCGACAAAGCCUUGGUCCAAGGCCACAUAAAGAACCUGAUAGAUGAGCACUUCAGGUCAGACCUGGAGUCAGCAAUGAGGGACCCCAUCCUCUACGGGGACUACAGGACGGCUGUCAGCGCAUCUGAGCCGCGUGUCUAUGAGGACAUACAGGAUUAUGACGCUUCUAAAGCCUUGUUCCAGGAGAUUCUGGAGGAGUACAAUGAGAACAAGACUAGGAUGAACCUGGUUCUGUUUGACGACGCCCUGGAGCACCUGACCAGAGUGCACCGCAUCAUAAGGAUGGGCCGUGGACACGCCCUGCUGGUGGGGGUGGGCGGCUCCGGCAAGCAGUCCCUCACCAAGCUGGCAGCCUUCACCGCAGGCUGCGAGGUGUUUGAAAUUACACUGAGCAGAGGCUACUCAGAGACCAACUUCCGUGAGGACCUGAAGAUCCUGUAUCUAAAGCUGGGAAUAGAGAACAAAAAGAUGGUGUUCCUCUUCACUGAUGCCCAUGUGGCUGAGGAGGGCUUCCUGGAACUCAUCAACAACAUGCUCACCUCAGGCAUGGUCCCAGCCCUUUUCCCAGAUGAUGAGAAGGAGUCUGUCCUGAACCAGCUCCGCGAUGAGGCCGUGAAGAUGGGCUCCGGCCCGUCCAAGGAGAGUGUUUGGCACUAUUUUGUCAACAAGAGUGCCGACAACCUUCACAUUGUCUUGGGCAUGUCCCCUGUGGGAGACACUCUGAGGACACGCUGCAGGAACUUCCCAGGGCUGGUGAACAACACUGGGAUCGACUGGUUCCUGCCAUGGCCUCCUCAGGCGCUACACGCUGUGGCCCAGUCCUUCCUGGGUCAAAGCCCGAUGAUCCCGGAGAGGCACUCGGCAGCCGUCGUCGCUCACGUCUGCAUGGUCCAUGGAUCGGUAGGCGACUUCAGCAAGAUGUUCCUCCAACAGCUCAGACGCAGCAACUACGUCACCCCGAAGAAUUACCUGGAUUUCAUCAGCACCUACGCCAAGCUGCUGGAGGACAAGGACCAGUACAUCCUGGCUCAGUGUAAACGUCUGGAGGGGGGCUUGGAUAAGCUGGAGGAGGCCAGUGUGCAAUUGGCUGAGCUCAACAUCAAGCUGGCAGAGCAGAAGGUCGUUCUAGCUGAGAAAUCGUCUGCCUGUGAGAUCCUACUGCAGGAGAUUGCCACCAACACCGCUGUGGCUGAAGAGAAGAAGAAGCUGGCAGAGGACAAAGCCAAGGAGAUCGAGGAGCAGAACAAAGUGAUUGCUGUGGAGAAGAGCGAUGCUGAGAGCUCAUUGGCUGAGGCCUUGCCGGCUCUGGAGGCAGCACGCAUCGCCCUGCAGGGCCUGGAUAAGUCUGACGUCACUGAGAUCAGAUCAUUUGCCAAACCGCCCAAACAGGUGCAGGUGGUGUGUGAGUGUAUCCUGGUGAUGCGAGGUCAGAAGGAGAUCAGCUGGAAGUCAGCCAAGGGCAUGAUGUCAGAGGCCAACUUCCUGCGCUCGCUAAUGGAGAUGGACUGUGAUGCCAUCAACACCAGCCAGGUCAAGACUGUCCGAGGCUUCUUGAAGAACCUGAACACCAGCUUUGAGGAGAUGCAGGCCAUUAGUAAGGCUGGCUCUGGGAUGCUGAAGUUUGUGGAGGCUGUCAUGGGCUACUGUGACGUGGCCCGUGAGAUCAAACCCAAGAGAGAGAAGGUGGCGCGCCUAGAGAAGAACUUCUUCCAGAGCAAGCGUGAGCUGGAGCGUAUUCAGCACGAGCUGGGGACCAUCCAGAGGGAGCUGAGGGCGCUGGGGGACAAAUAUGAUGCUGCCAUGGGGGAGAAGCAACUGCUGCAAGAGGAGGCUGAGGUCAUGGAGAGGAGGCUGAUCGCUGCUGACAAACUCAUCUCAGGCCUGGGGUCAGAGAACCAGCGUUGGACAGACGACCUGGAGGAGCUGAAGCAGCGGCGUGUUAGGCUACUUGGCGACUGCCUGAUCUGUGCAGCUUUCCUGAGCUACGAGGGGGCGUUCAGCUGGGACUUCAGGAAAAACAUGGUUUAUGAUGUGUGGGAGAAGGACGUGCUGGACAGAGGCAUUCCUCUCAGCCAGCCCUUCAGAGUGGAGAGCCUACUAACUGACGAAGUGGAGAUCAGCAGAUGGGGCUCAGAGGGUCUGCCUCCAGACGAGCUGUCGGUCCAGAACGGGAUCCUGACCACCAGGGCGAGUCGCUUCCCCAUGUGUAUCGAUCCCCAGCAGCAAGCCCUCAACUGGAUCAAGAAGAAGGAGGAAAAGAACAAUCUCAAAAUAUCUUCAUUCAACGAUCCAGACUUCUUGAAGCAGCUGGAGAUGGCCAUCAAGUAUGGUUUUCCUUUCCUGUUCCAAGAUGUGGAUGAGUACAUUGACCCGGUGAUUGACAGUGUCCUGGAGAAAAACGUGAAAGGUGCUGAGGGCCGACAGGUCAUAACACUAGGAGACAAGGAGGUGGAGUACGACCCCAACUUUAAACUCUACCUCAAUACCAAGCUGUCCAACCCCAAGUACUCUCCCUCCGUGUUCGGCAAGGCCAUGGUCAUCAAUUACACUGUGACGCUGAAGGGUCUGGAAGACCAACUGCUGAGUGUUAUUGUGGGCUUUGAGCGUAAGGAGCUGGAGGAGCAACGGGAGCGACUGAUCCAGGAGACCAGUGAGAACAAGAAGCUACUGAAAGACCUGGAGGACUCUCUGCUGAGAGAGCUGGCCACCUCCACAGGCAACAUGCUGGACAACGUGGAGCUGGUCCACACUCUGGAGGAGACCAAGUCCAAGGCUAGCGAGGUCUUUGAGAAACUGAAGCUGGCAGAGAAGACCUCAACGGACAUUGAUAAGUUGCGAGAUGGUUACCGUCCAGCCGCCAAACGCGGUGCCAUCCUGUUCUUUGUGCUGGCAGAGAUGGCCCUGGUCAACACCAUGUACCAGUACUCCCUGGCUUCUUACCUGGAGGUGUUUGACUUCUCCCUGCGGAGGUCCCUACCUGACUCCAUCCUGCCCAGGAGGCUGAAGAAUAUGGACACCCUGACACACAAUGUAUACAACUAUGGAUGCACAGGUCAGUUUGAGAGACACAAGCUUCUGUUCUCUUUCAACCUGACCAUAAAGAUUGAGCAGCCAGAGGGGAGGGCUCCCCAGGAGGAGCUGGAGUUCUUCCUCAAGGGCAACCUGUCUCUGGAGAUGAGCAAAAGGAAGAAGCCGUGUGCCUGGCUACCAGAUCAGGGCUGGGAGGACAUCAUACGACUGGCUGAGCUCUUCCCAGCUGAGUUUGGCACUCUGCCAGACGACGUGGAGAAGAACCAGUCUGAGUGGAAGACUUGGUAUGACCUGGACGGGCCGGAACAGGCUCCCUUCCCCAUGAAAUAUAAAGAAAACCUGACGGCCUUCCAGAAGCUGCUGUUGCUGCGCUGCUUCCGCCUGGACAGAGUCUACCGUGCCGUCACUGACUAUGUCACCAUCACCAUGGGAGAGAAGUAUGUUCAGCCCCCUGUGAUCAGUUUCGAGGCCAUCUAUGAUCAGAGCACACCCAACUCGCCCAUCGUAUUCAUCCUGAGCCCCGGUUCCGACCCAGCCACUGAUCUCAUGAAGCUAGCCGAGAGGUCUGGCUUUGGGGGCAACAGGCUUAAGUUUCUGGCCAUGGGACAAGGCCAGGAGAAGGUGGCGCUGCAGCUGCUUGAAACGGCGGUGUCUCGGGGCCAGUGGCUGAUGCUGCAGAACUGCCACCUGUUGGUGAAGUGGUUGAAGGACCUAGAAAAGUCUCUGGAGAGGAUCACCAAGCCCCACCCUGACUUCAGACUGUGGCUCACCACCGACCCCAUCAAAGACUUCCCCAUCGGCCUCCUACAGAAGUCUCUCAAGGUGGUAACUGAGCCUCCUAAUGGGCUGAAGCUGAACAUGAGGGCCACCUUUUUUAAGAUCAGCCACGAGACUCUAAUGAGCUGCCCUCACCCAGCCUACCGCAGCCUGGUCUAUGUGCUGGCCUUCUUCCACGCUGUGGUGCAGGAGAGGCGCAAGUAUGGCAAGAUUGGCUGGAACGUGUCCUACGACUUCAACGAGUCUGACUUCCAGGUGUGCAUGGAGAUUCUGAACACCUACCUGACCAAAGCCCACGCUCAGGGAGAUGCCGGGAUCCCCUGGGGCAGUCUCAAGUACCUGAUAGGGGAGGUAAUGUACGGCGGCAGGUGUAUUGACAGCUUCGACCGCAGGAUCCUGGCAGUCUAUAUGGAUGAGUACCUGGGAGACUUCCUCUUCGACACCUUCCAGCCCUUCCACUUCUUCCACAACCAGGAGGCUGACUACAAGGUCCCCCCCGACGGGCCGAAGGAGAACUAUGCUGGGGAGAUUGAGACCUUGCCCUUGGUCAACACUCCCGAGGUGUUCGGUCUGCACCCCAAUGCUGAGAUUGGCUACUACACCCAAGCAGCCCGCGACAUGUGGACACAUCUCAUAGAUUUACAGCCCCAGACUGGUGAGUCUGGUGGCGGCGUCAGCAGGGAUGAGUACAUCAGCGCCGUGGCCCGGGACAUCCAGAACAAGUUGCCCCAGGUGUUUGACCUGGACUUGAUCCGGAGAAAGUUUGGCCUGGAGAUCUCCCCCACCUCUGUGGUGCUGCUACAGGAACUGGAGCGCUUCAACAAGCUAAUUGUCAGGAUGGGACGCUCUCUGGCUGAGCUUCAGAAGGCACUGGCUGGUGAGGUGGGUAUGAGUAGUGAGCUGGAUGAGGUGGCACGUGCCCUCUUCAGUGGCAUGAUUCCUGCCAUCUGGAGGAAACUGGCACCCGAUACCCUCAAGUCCCUGGGCAACUGGAUGAUCCACUUCAAGAGACGCCAUGACCAGUACAACUCCUGGGUGGAUGAAGGGGAGCCCAAUGUGAUGUGGCUGUCUGGUCUCCAUAUCCCAGAGUCCUACCUGACCGCUCUGGUUCAGGCCACCUGCAGGAGAAACGGCUGGCCUCUGGAUCGCUCUACACUUUACACACAAGUCACCCAGUACAGCACCGAGGACGCGGUCAAUGAGAGGCCUGGACAGGGCUGCUUCGUGUCAGGCCUGUACCUGGAGGGAGCUGACUGGGACAGGGAGCGGGGUUGUCUGACCAGGAGUAAACCCAAAGUACUGGUGGUCCAGCUGCCCAUCCUUAAGGUCAUCCCCAUAGAGGCACACCGCCUCAGGCUACAGAAUACUCUGAGGACUCCAGUGUACACCACGUCCAUGAGGAGGAAUGCUAUGGGUGUGGGUCUGGUGUUUGAGGCCAACCUCUUUACCACCAAGCACCUUUCCCACUGGGUUCUGCAGGGUGUCUGUCUGUGCCUCAAUGCGGACUGAUGUUUCUAUUUUAUUUACAUUUCUUACAGUUAUUGUUUUUUCUACACAUUUUAUAGGCUGAAUUUGUUAAGACAGUACACCACAAAUAACAUAUCACCUUUGCUUAUUAGCAUACUAUCAGAUCAGUAGAUGUCUCUGAGACAAUGGGUCCCUCCGGAGGCAUCCUUACCAGGGUUCUAACACCAGGUGGCAGCAUCUCACAGUCUCGGGUCCUCUCAGAGUCCCACAUCGGAACUCCCAUCUCCAGUCAGUCCUAUGGAGAGGUGCCAGAGGAUAUCUGACAAUGACCCCUGCUAUUUUUAAUCUCUGAAGACAGAUCUCUUCAUUAAGUCUUCUCUCUGCUUUAUUCCUUGUGACAUUUCUAACGCCCAGCAUCUGUGCUCAGGCCGCCCUGACCAACUGACGGGGAAGAUAAAUCCAUGAGAAGAAAGUCUGCUUUGUAUUCGUUUUAAUUAAAAUCUUAGCAUUAUUUCCCCAGGUUAUAUUUCAUCCCCACCCCCCGUUCCUCAACUACACAGAGAUGGGUGAAGGAGGCCCUCCACUCUGAGUUAGUCUGACGCCAUAGGUUUUGAAAUAUAUAUAUCCCCACAGAUUAAAUGUAGAUUUAGAUCUGAAUCUGAUCCUACAGGUCAAAUGUGUACUUGCUGUCUUUGUGUGUUUCUAAUUGACUUCAUUGAAACAUAUUUCAUGAUUUUUUAUGCAUAAUCCAAAAUGUUUCAAAAGGAACUCAGUACAUUUUGAAAGAGCUUAACAUGCACUUUUUUCUACGUAUAGAGGCUAAGAAUGGAUUAAAGCUCUUGCAUUGGUAAAAAAAAGAAUAGCAGUAUGGGUUUAGUCAAACUUUGAGCAAAAUGCACACUGAAACUUUUCUACAAACAUAUCCUAGACAAUCUAUGUUAUUUAUUUUCCUUUGUAAUUAUUUGAGGGAACUCUGAAUGCUUUGUGCUUUGUUCUCCGCAUGGUCUUGAGCAAUCUCAGGUGGUGAGGAAGGUGAGACAGCAUUCUGGGCCACAGAGUUGCAGCAGCAUGACCACUACAGUAUUUGGUUGAUCAUGGGAUGCGCUCCCUCUUGGUGAAGCCAAAACCUGGAUUUUGAGUUAUAUUUUUCUCGAACUGGAC